GGUUAACUAGAAUGGGACAAUAUAGCUACAGCCAGCCGUCCUCAUCAUCAGAGGAGUUGGACAUAACGUCACUUCUCGAAGCUGAAGCUCAGCUGUACGCGGAUGAAGGUCAGAGUAGCUUCCAUAUGCCAGAGGCGGUUCAGUACCAACCUCAACCUGAGGCCGAUGAUGGAAUCCCGACGAUUUGCUACUGUGGGGCGGAGCCUGUUAUAGCAACCGCCUACACUGACAAAGAUCGAGGCCGAAUGUACUUCAGCUGCGUCAAUGCGGAUGAUGGAGACUGUCACAUCUGGAAGUGGUGGGAUGUUGCGAUCAUGGAGGAGAUGAGGGAGUUUCAGUCAAUGCUAAGGCGGCUUAAGGAAGAAGGUGAAGAUGUCACGGGAGAAGAGGAGAAGAAGUCACGGGAGAAAAGGAGAAGUCACGGGGGUGAAAGCAGUCACGGGUGGUCCUUUUUUGUAGCCCAUGUGAAGAAGUCACGGGGUUAAUGUUUUUCAGUUUGUGUAUUAUAAGUACUAUCUCCUUCUCCUUGUUUUCUCAUUAUCAAAACUUUGUAUGAUAAGUUCUUGUAAUAUAUUGCUACUAACGGUGAAAGCAGACUUGUAUUGAUCCAACGGUUUGUCAUUAUCACUUCUUCUCCUUGUUUUAUCACUCAAAGUAUUGCUUGCAUCACUUCUUCUCCUUGUAUACAUACAUUGCUUGCAUCUCUUCUUCUCCUUGUAUACAUACACUGCUUGCAUCACUCAAAGUAAUACUUCUUCUCCUUUGCAUCCCAACAAAUAUAAGUGUAAAUUUAUACUUCUUCUCCUUGUAUACAUACAAAUUGAUAGCUUAGAUCACUUCUUCUCCUUGUAUAAAUAUGUUUGUAUAAAUUUAAAAAAUGUAUAAAUUUAUAAAUAUGUAUAAAUUUAUAAAUAUGUAUAAAUUUAUUUAAAAAAGUAUGUAUAAAUUUAUUAAAAAAAUGUAUGUAUAAAUUUAUUUAAAAAAGUAUGUAUAAAUUUAUAAAUAUGUAUAAAAUGAACGCAAUGGCUACGGGCGUAUCGACAUCUCGGAAUUUGAAGAUGGAAGCGUGACAAGGAGUUCAGAGGUGGAAACCGAAACCGACAUGCCUACAAAUCUCAAUAAAUGUUUUCCGAUCAGAAUCAGAAAGAGCUUCGGGAUGCGCAUAUACAUGAACAAUUGAAAAAAGAUUUAGUUAAGCAUAUUUGGAACAAAUUUGGUCAUGAUGAUUAAUAAUUUAUGUAUCUAUGACUUUUAUUAUUGUUUUUUUAAUUUUUAUAAUGCAAUAAAUAUAAAAUAAAUAAUUUUUAUAUUUGAAAAAAUAUUAAUUUUUUAUUCUUAAGGAUUCUUAAUUGGAUAUCACCAUUGUACACACUAAUUUCACUCAACUCCUUAACUAUUCUAAAAAAAACAAAAAAUGAUUAAACAAUUCCUAAGGAUUCCAUCCACAACUCCACCAUUGCACAUGCUCUUAGUUCCCAUUCUGAUCUCUUUCAGAGUAUUUACAUUUCAAUGUUAUCCUGAAGCCGGCAUCAAAAGUGUUACCAAACAAGAGUGAAGGAUAAGCGCUUGUUUUUGGUGGUGAUGCAUAAAAGUGCUAAAGACAACCGUUUAAAUUUUCUUUAAGUAAUAUUAUUUCCGUUUUCGAAAGUAAAAUUUUCUAGAUUUUAUUUUUGUUUCAUAAAAAUAAAUUUUCUAUAUAUUUAAAGUAUUUUUGUAUAUUUUUAAAAAACAUUAAUUGUGAAUAUUUGAAUUGAUUAAAUUUUAUUGGGGAUAGUUAUUAGAAAAU